UGGCCACCACCAUGGAUACAGGCCCCGACCAGUCCUACUUCUCCGGCAAUCACUGGUUCGUCUUCUCGGUGUACCUUCUCACUUUCCUGGUGGGGCUCCCCCUCAACCUGCUGGCCCUGGUGGUCUUCGUGGGCAAGCUGCGGCGCCGCCCGGUGGCCGUGGACGUGCUCCUGCUCAACCUGACCGCCUCGGACCUGCUCCUGCUGCUGUUCCUGCCUUUCCGCAUGGUGGAGGCAGCCAAUGGCAUGCGCUGGCCCCUGCCCUUCAUCCUCUGCCCACUCUCUGGAUUCAUCUUCUUCACCACCAUCUAUCUCACCGCCCUCUUCCUGGCAGCUGUGAGCAUUGAGCGCUUCCUGAGUGUGGCCCACCCACUGUGGUACAAGACCCGGCCGAGGCUGGGGCAGGCAGGUCUGGUGAGUGUGGCCUGCUGGCUGUUGGCCUCUGCUCACUGCAGCGUGGUCUACGUCAUAGAAUUCUCAGGGGACAUCUCCCACAGCCAGGGCACCAAUGGGACCUGCUACCUGGAGUUCCGGAAGGACCAACUAGCCAUCCUCCUGCCCGUGCGGCUGGAGAUGGCUGUGGUCCUCUUUGUGGUCCCGCUGAUCAUCACCAGCUACUGCUACAGCCGCCUGGUGUGGAUCCUCGGCAGAGGGGGCAGCCACCGCCGGCAGAGGAGGGUGGCGGGGCUGGUGGCGGCCACGCUGCUCAACUUCCUUGUCUGCUUUGGGCCCUACAACGUGUCCCAUGUCGUGGGCUAUAUCUGCGGUGAAAGCCCAGCGUGGAGGAUCUAUGUGACGCUUCUCAGCACCCUGAACUCCUGUGUCGACCCCUUUGUCUACUACUUCUCCUCCUCCGGGUUCCAAGCCGACUUUCAUGAGCUGCUGAGGAGGUUGUGUGGGCUCUGGGGCCAGUGGCAGCAGGAGAGCAGCGUGGAGCUGAAGGAGCAGAAGGGAGGGGAGGAGCAGAGAGUGGACCGACCAGCUGAAAGAAAGUCCAGUGAACACUCACAGGGCUGUGGAAAUGGUGGCCAGGUGGCCUGUGCUGAAAGCUAGGUCCUCCAGGGGAGGAGGGUGUAGCUGGCGUGUCAUCCUCAGGGCGCUUCCUCGCUCACGCCAGGAGGGACUUGGAGUGGCGAGCUGGGGCCCGAUGGAGCCUGGGGACAGAGUAGACAUCUAGCCUCCCUAAGGGUAUGCACGCUAAAGCCCAGCUCUCGAUCUCACCUCCAUCCCCAUCCACCCACACACUAUGGAUUGGGCUCUGGGAAGGGGUCAGGGUGAGAGGCUGCUCUGGAGAACAAUGAGGUCCUCAUAGCAGCAGGCAGCUCCUGUGUUUUCUUGAGGGAGGCAGAGGAGCUAAGAGCAGUGCCCAGGGUCUGAGGGGGCUGCCCAGUGAGUGGCAGGGGCAGGAGAGGGGAGAACCCCAUCCUCAGAGCUGCUCCCGGCCAGCGAGUCAGGAGCGGGGGAGACAGGGCUCCAGGGAUGAGGCCGCAUUCUGCUCCCACAGUGCCUUUUCCAGAAAGUUCCCAUUGCUCAAUAAAUGUGGAUCAUCAGAGACAUUUAUGAACAAUGACAGAAGAAAAAUUACCCAAAUAAAUGUGGAAGCAAGCAAAAGAAAA